AUGGUUCGUGAUGUUCUAGCUAUUCAAGCUUCAUCAGUUGCAUCGGAGGCUAUUUUCAGUGCAAGGAUCGUACCUCCUGAUGAAGAUGUUAUUCAUGGGGAUGUGCAAGAUCGUGUCGAAGGGGAUGGGCCAGCUCAGGCUCAACCCAAUACCAUUUCUACCCCAGUGCUUGAAAAUACCUUGGCUCGUAUGUUAGGACUCUUAGAGGGGAUGGAUCAGGCAGGAGCUUUGCCUGUCACUUCUGAUGGCUCACAUACCCGUGUUGGAGGUCAGAAUCCAGAUCCGAUAGUUGCUCCAGAUUCUCAAACUCCUAGGACUCAGCCAGCUACUACUGUAGCUCCUCGUUUGGAUGGUACAAAGUUUCCAGAUAUUGCAUCACAUUUGGCGAAAAGGCCUUCUAUGAGCAUUGGUGAGCAAAAGAUGUUUGGGAGGUUCAGACUAAUGAAUCCUCCUACUUUUAUUGGUGACUUAACUGAGGAUGCAUAUGAAUUUAUAGUUAGUUGUCAUGAGAGGUUGCAUAAUCUUGGAUUAUGGGAGUGCCAUGGGGUUGACUUCACAGCAUUUCAGAUGUCUGGCUUUGCUAAGCGGUGGUGGAGGGAUUAUAUUAGUACUAGGCUAUUUGGAUCCCCUCCACUAUCCUGGACUCAGUUUACUCAGGUAUUUCUAUCAAAAUUUGUUCCACACUGUGAGAGGGAACGUAAGAAGGUUGAGUUUGAGGGUUUGCAGCAAAGUGGUAUGUCAAUUGCAGAGUAUGAGUGUAAAUUUCAUGCCUUGGCUAGGCAUGCUUCGAUGAAACAUCCCACAGAGGCUGAGAGAGCGAGAAGGUUUGUUAAGGGGUUGAUUAUUCCGAUUCGCCUAGGAGUUUCUCAGGUUGCUGCUUCUGGUGUUCUAUUCUAUAAAGUGGUAGAUACUGCUAAGGAGUUGGAGAUGAUUGGGCGUGAGGGAUUUGUGCAACCUGAGGGCAAGUGGACUCGUUAUUCAGGUGAUUAUGGUGGUGCUCCACCUAGGAGUCGAGGUUACUUGGGAAAAGAUUAUAACCCUCAGUCGAGCAGACCCAUUCAUGCUACUGUACCAGUGUGUGAGGCUUGUUACGCUGGGUAUAGCUCUUCGAGUUCAGUACAUACUUCACAGGGUUCCUCUCAUCAGCCUACAUCUCGUAGGGGCUGUUUUGCGUAUGGUGAUAUGGGACACUAUGUGAGAGACUGCCGUAGGACCAGACGUGGUGGCUUACAUCAGGGUUCUCAGGCUUCGACUUCCAAGGCUGCACAACCUCCAACUAGAGGUGGUGCAUAG